CUCAAUCCAUCGCUAUACAUGAGAGAGGGAGGGAGGGAGGGAGGGAAGUGCAGUAUGCUCAACUGCUCAGCUGACAGACAAACGUGAAACGCAUUCAUCGCAUGCUCAGCUGGCUUGGACGACGGAAUGAAUGACCUAUGUACACCUAAUUCCACCAAUUAAAGCCACCAGACGUCAGUUACACCCGCCUGGCCUGUGUGUCUCUCUCUGCCUUCCUCUUUCAAUCCAUGGCAGGGACACACAGACACAUGAGCUAUACGCCGACAUCCAUCCAUCAGUCGUGUAUGCCGUGGUGGUAUCCGUAGUGUGUGAUGUCCCGCUGUAUCCGCUCCGCCUCGGCCGUCCGCUGACGCAUGUCCUCAUCGUCCUGUGUGCCACACCACACCACACCACAUCACACCACUCGCAAACCUGGAUGUCUCUGAGUCUGUGUCUGUUUGUGUGUCUGUGUGUCUGACCAUGUCGAGAAGCUUGAUCUGUUGCCUGAGCACCUCUGCAUAGUCAGUGAUGUUCAGCUGCGUGAAGGCAUACUGCACCUUCUCGCUGUAGAGAGACAGCCACAGACACACACACACACACACAGAGAGAGAGAGAGAGAGCGCACAGUGAGUGUGUGAAUCCCUUCUCACUGACCUCUCUGACACCCUCACCGUGUGGGGUCGUGCAGGCGCUCGAGCAUGUCUUGUCGAAUGCCGAAGUUGAUGGGCUCCCAGGUCCACUCGUGCAGGAAGUCGUCCGGCUGCAGUCAGUGCAUACCAUACGGCAAACGGCCACAAACACACACACGCAGAGCAGACAGACAUCGACAUGACAUCCUUCGUCCGGCAAGGCAAUGACAUCACUGACCACUUCGUAUUUGUGGAUCCGGGUCAUAUUUUGGUUCAUACACGCCGCCAGCUCCUCGACCAUCAGGUCCUCAUCCCACUUGGGGUACCCACCUGCACAAUGCACACACACACACACACACUGCUCCAUGGCAAGGAGGGAGGCCAACCACAAACCACACAAGACCUUACCGACGAAAGCAGGCCCUCCGUAGAACUCGUGCAGCCGCUUGUCCUCCAUCUCGGGAGGGUGAUGCUGCAGAUUCCACGGCAGGUAGGUCUGCACAGCACACACCGAACGAACGGUCAAACGCAGCGCAGAGGGAGAGAACCUGGCUGGGCUGAGUGACAUUGUUUCCUUCUACCAGACCAGCGCUUGUCGUACCUGAAGUGUGUUGCCCCUGACGUGCAGGAUGAGCAGGUUCUGUGUCUUGGUGUGCCAAGGGCCGACUGCAUAGAUCUGCCGUCAGCCGACCGACAUAUAUCAAAUCACCAUCAGACCACACACACGUCAUGCCCACGCCUCACCCCACGCCUUACUGACCUCGAGCAGCGGCAGGUUGGUCUCGACCGUCACGUUGACGAUCUGCAGCUGCUCAGGGCCCCAUUUCUCACGCACCUGCACAACAGACACACAACAACCAUACCCACAGCGCUGUGUUCGUUUCCAGACGAAGCUACCGACCUUUCUGACGAACGAGUUGACCAUGUUGGUGUCGUUCUUCAUGCCCUCGCAGAAGUUGCCCUGCAUGGGCCGCACGAUCCACAGCAUCGGCAGCAUCUUGGGCGGCGCCUCGAUCCACAACUCCUCCUCGGUCAUCUCGCGCAUACGCCGAACCCUGACACACACACACACACACAUAUACACACAGCGAUGGAUACUGCCUGCCAUUGCUGUGUGGGGUGGCUAGUAAUCACUUGAAGCUGAGUUCUUCUGUCUUGGUGAGUCUCCUCCUGAGGCUGACGGGUUCCUUGCCCUCCUUGACCAGCACCGAGUUAACGUACUGCUCCCACUCCUGACGCUCCUCCUCAAGCAGAAACUCCCAACCUGACAGCCAACCACCAAUAGCAACACACACAACACAGAGAGAGAAGCAUCCACAUCACGUGCUCGCUCCUUCCUCCUUCACUCACUUGGCCACGAUUCAUUGAGUGGCGGCUGCCUGUCGAUGCGCUCCCACGUCCCGUCAGGCGCCAUCCGACCAAGGUCGCGAAACACACCUGACACCCCCAACACGAUUUCGUCGGCAGCCUUCUUCGCACACAGCACCGACAGCGGCGGCUCUCCUGAUGCUGCUGCUGAGGCAGGUGCGGGAGAGAGUGGCUU